CAAAUGCGACAAAAAAUAUUGUAAUCGAAGAACGUGGUUUCACAAACAUUCAGCAAAAUAAUAUAAAUAGAUAAUAUAACGAUUUUGUCAGCUUACUCAUCAGUUUUCGCUGAAAACGAGAACGCAAAGUAAAAAUGGAGUUCAAAAUAAUACUGUUUUGCCUAACGGCCAGCACUUUCGGGAGUAACAUAAGCCCAUGGGAAAGUCACGAUGGCGAUAAAGAUGCUGGGUGGUUUUUAGAUGCUGACAAAGAUACUGUUGACGUUAGAGAAAUUAGUGUUUGUAAUACUAACGACUGCAUAGCUCUCGCUAAGGACCUUUCGGGCGCAAUGAAUACAUCGGCAGAUCCAUGUGAGGAUUUCUAUGAAUACACAUGCGGAUCAUUUAAAAAAAUUCAUCCUCUUCCUGCUUAUACUGCUAUUUGGGGUAGACCUUACAUGUUUCAAGAAAUGGUUUAUCAACGUUUGAAAGGAAUUUUGGAAACAACUCCUGAGUCGGACGAUAUUUUGCCAGUGAGACAGGCCAAGAAAUGGUAUCGCGCUUGCAUGGAUUCAGAAACACUCGAAAAACGAGGCUUAGAUCCGAUAGAAUCUGUUUUGAUGCAAGUUGGAGGCUGGCCGAUGACUAUUGACGCCGAAGAAUGGGACGAAACUGAGCAUCCGUGGCAGCGAAUUGAGCAACACUAUUUUCAAAUUACUGGCUCUUAUAUAUUUUACAAUUUUAAGCCUGUUUGGUCAAACACUUCCCUGAUUAAAGUGGAGCCAGGCGAUCUUCCACUCCGCCAUAAACUUCCGUUUGAAUUCAGAAAUUAUGAAGGAGAAGAAUAUGAAAAUUACAAGGAAUUCAUUUCAGCCGUAGCUCUACUUUUUGUUACACACAACAGCGCAAAUAUUGCUCUUGAGGAUAUUUACAAAGAUGCCAGCGAUUUGAUUGAGUUUGAAAAACAAUUAAGUUUGAUUUCAGACAGCGACAGCGAGGAUGCCGAGAUUGUCAAGACUUUGGAUGAGUUUCAAGAGUGGUACGACCAAAAUACAGUCGAUCAAGGCAACAAAGUUACGGUGAAAAAAUUAGUCAGAGGAUUAUUGGAAACAGUAAAUCAUGACCCAGAAAAUGUCAAGUACUUAUCAGUAGCCAGUAUGGAGUAUUUUGUUAAAUUGCUCGAACUAAUGAACAAAACGCCAAAGCGAACUAUAAUAAAUUAUAUCCACUGGGAUUUUAUAUGUGAGAUGCUUGCGACAACGACCGAAGAUAUGCGCGAUGUAUUUUUUGUGUUAAAGAACAAACAGUUUGGAGUCUCGGCAAGAGAGCCGCGCUCAGUCGAGUGUGCAAAAGAAAUAAAAAUGUUCAAAGCCAAUGGAUACGCAUUCGCUGAAAAAUAUUUUUCCAAAGACGUCGAUACUAAUGUUAGAAAUUUGGUUGACAACGUAGGCGAGGAAAUGAAGAUACAGAUACAAAGAUCAAAUUGGCUGGACGAUAAUACUAAGAAUAUAGUUACCGACAAAAUUGACAAUAUGGGACUACUUGUAGGCACUCCUGAGUGGUACAAAAACAGAACAUACGUUCUAAAUUCGUACAAAGGGCUUGUCAUCGGCAACAAUCACUUUGAUAAUGUACUCAGUUAUAAAAAAUAUGAAAUGAGAGAAAAAUUACGCAAGGCAUUGUCCGGCCAAGCACCCAAAGAAGAUGACUCGGAUAUGGACGUACUUGAAGUUAAUGCUUACUAUGAUCCUUACGCCAAUGCUAUAGUUAUUCCUGUGUCCGUUUUGCAGCCCCCAUUUUUCACUUCAAGUCUUCCCAAUAACGUUAACUACGGAAUGAUUGGAGCAGUGAUCGGGCACGAAUUAGGACACGCCUAUGACGUUAACGGGUUGAAAAUAGGUCUACAACAACAAAAGCUCGAACUUCCUAAAGAGAUUUUGGACAUGUAUGAUCAACGCGCGGGAUGUUUCAUCGAACAAUUUAAAGAGUACUUUAGGAAGCCGAGCUCUGAUGAUGGAACUAAUUCCGAAGAUACAGGAAAAAAACUGAGUCGAAAGACUCAAGGAGAAAAUAUGGCGGAUACGACAGGGCUGAACGCAGUUUUCGAUGCCUGGAAGAGAAUGAUAACAGCAAAAGGUUCUGAUAGUAAACUGCCUGGCUUUGAAAAGUAUUCCGACGAGCAAAUGUUCUUCAUUGGAUUUGGAUCCACGUGGUGCACAAUAUCUACGGAAGAGUAUGCGGAAACAGUAAAGAAACAAGAUAUACACAGCCCCGCGAAUUUAAGAGUACUUGGUGCAAUUUCAAAUAGCGAGGAAUUUGCUCGUGCUUUCAGUUGCCCGAAAGGCACCCGGAUGAACCCGGAAAAGAAAUGUAAUAUUUGGUAAAAAAUUGAGACACACAUUUGCCCAAAAAAGCCAAUCGAGGACGCAGGCACAAGAAAUGUCAUCCCUGGGUUCUCUAUUGGUCAAAAUAUUAUAAUCAAUUGAAAUAUUCCAUUCGCAAAUACAAUAUAUGUUGAACUCUGAUUUUUAAAUAUACAUACAUUGUAUAGGGAAAAGGGGGGCAAAGGGGGUAGGGUAGGCAAAACGGGGUACCCCCAAAAUUUUAUAAAAAAAAAUUUUAUAUUUUAAGUGGUUUUUAAACAUUCCAAAAUCACUUCUGUAAUUAUUAAUAAGCGUUACGUUGAAUUUUUUUUGGUAAACUUUUUCAAAAAAUCAAUUGUCAGUUGAAAAAUAUUAAUGACGUUUGUUUUAUGAUAAAAACUAUUAAAAAUUUUUUUUCUUCUUUUGUAUCCAAUAAACAUGUAAAAUAUAAUUUUUCUUCAUGUAAAUUACUUACAAAAAAAUUCAACUUAAUAAAAUUCGUUUAAAAUCCAGAAAUUUUUCUUUUUUACCUUUUUUAGGGGGUACCCCCACUUUGCCCGCAGAAAUUAAAAAUUUUUUUUUUGAACGGUAACUGAAAAUUUUUUCUAUUUACUUUGAAUAUCUUAAAAAAAAAAAAGAUUUAGCGUAUUUGAGUCCUCGAAAAUUUAGUAUUUCCUUAAGUACCCCCUUUUGUCCCUCCCUCCCCUAUAUAUAUAUGACUAUGACUUCGUCACUACUUGUAUUUUUGUAAUUCAUAAUUUCGGAUAAGCUCGUUAACCAUCGAUCAUCAUUGAUGGCUGAAAAUUAUUUCCUCCACGCAGUACACAUUUUUGGCUACGUACAAGCGACGAGUACACUCGUACGACAGAGAGAUACCCGUUAACUAGCUAAACACAUAUCAUGCGACUAUCAUUAUUUUGUAUUGUUAUAUAUUAAAUAAAACUAUUUACCGUUUUGUGAAUAUAAU